AGCCUGUCAAUAGGAUACAACGGCGCAACAAAAAAAAAAAGCUCUGUGAAUGUUUUUUUUUUUUUUUUAACUAAAUUGUUUCCACCAACCAGGAAUCAGGGAAGUUAUUUUGUAAAUAGUAUUUACUUCCUCUUCCCUCCUGGUUUAUUUUGUUUAACUCUCUGUUGAGGAACGCUCCCUGCCCUUUCGCGGAAGAGAAAGCAAGAUACAGGUGACAUACAGGCUGACUCUCCAUACAGGUGACAUACAGGCUGACUCUCCAUACAGGUGACAUACAGGCUUCUCCAUACAGGUGACAUACAGGCUGACUCUCCAUACAGGUGACAUACAGGCUGACUCUCCAUACAGGUGACUCUCCAUACAGUAAUGAUGAGCACCUACAUACAGUAGAUGAUGGACCCUGAGGUGUCUCUGCUGCUGCACUGUGGACCCUGGCGAGGUCUGCAGCAGUCCCAGGUGCAGGUGGAGCUCUCUGAAAGGUUCAACCGUCAGUCGGACGCAGCUCUUGAACGUCACAUCGAGGAGGUGUGGACGGCGCGGGUGUCCAAGGAGCCCUGGCUUUUCAACGGCGCCAAAUUCAGGCUGCACUCCUUUCACCUGGCGCCACCUCCCGGUCUGCCGUCUGCCGCAGAGUCCUCAUGUCGCACUCCGUCCUGCCAAGACUCAGCAGGGGGUGAGAGGACCGCCAGUGAGCCAGCACCGGUGCUGACUCUGCGAGUCGGACUCACGUCCUACAAGGACUACCUGGGUACCAACUGGUCCUGGCAAGUGGCGGAGCUCUGUAGACGCGGCGAGGCGGACUUCAGCAGCCGCCAAGCCCUGUUGGCCCACCCUCUAGGCGUGGGCGCCGUUAUGUGCACCGACGACAGGCAGGUGGUGCUGAUCAGGCGCAGCCAGAAGGUAGCGGAGGCGGGCGGGAAGCUGGACAUUCCUGGUGGUCACCCAGAACCAAAGGCGGUGUGCCAGAGUCUGAGUGAGGAGAACAUCAACAUGACCCUGCUGGAGAAGAGUCCGGAAGCGGUCGUCUCCGAGCUUUUCUUAUCCGUGUGUGCCGAGAUUAGAGACGAGGUGAACGUUCCUCUGAGUUCCCUCGGAGAGCCUCUGCUAAUGGGCUUGGCCCUCAACCACAGCAGCGCUGGGAGACCGAGCAUAGAGUUCCACGUCAGGUGUUCGCUGUCAUCUGCUGAAGUCAAAGAGUUGUACUGGAAAGGCGGCGCGGAGGCCAAUGAGUCCACAGACAUCGUCUUCCUCAGCGCAGCGGUGUUGGGUCUGGACAGCAGCAGCCCGCUGUGGUCGGAGCUGUGUCCCUCCGCCAAAGGAGCCGUGCUGCUCUACCAGACCGUGAAGCCCCACGUGUAAACGAAAGUGAAACCUCACAUUAGAUCCCCUUUAAUACCUCUGAGCUUUAUUACUCCUCUGCAGGGUGUUCCAACUAUGCAAAGUGCAUUCAUGAUUCCAAAUCUGUACAAUUAAAAUAUAUUUUUGGAAUAAAAACUUUGUUUAAAAACUGUAGUAAACACUGAUUGCAUAUUAGAGUCCUCCUGCACACCGAAUGUCCUGUUUUGUAUUUACCAGUAUCCACUGUUACAGUACAUGGCCUGGUCGUGAUAAACUGUGUUCCACUGAAAUGCAAGAUAAGAUCAAAUGAAUAAAGUACAUCAAAUAUUAUAUGAUGCUUAGUUGAUAUAUACUCACACAAGUGGGCUGGUGGCUCCAAGGCUGCUGCGUGUACGGCCUUGUGUCAUACCACCCUGACAAGAUAAACAGUCAUUAUUUAACAACAUUAUGGACAGGAAGUGACACUAAAGGUGUGAAUAUUAUCUCACACUCGGGUUGUCCCGAUAUUUUCGCUACCAAAAUGUUUUUCGAUACUUUUCUAAAUAAAGGGCACCACAAAAAAUGGCAUUAC